CCCCCCCCGCCCCCCGGGCUUCCAGACCCGGGAGAAGCCCACAGCGGGCGGGCGGGCGGAGCCGGGCCGGUGGGAGUGCGGCUCCCUGGGACCUGGCUGCAGCCCCGAGGUCCCUCCUGCAAAAGCGGGCGGCGCAUGGCGGGGACUACGCUUUAGGGACGUCCCCGCCGGAGCACCGUCCCCGCGAGUUGGGGGCGGGGCUUCGGUGCGCGUCGCUGCGUCUGCGUGGUAGGGGGUGUGUUUGCGGGGAGACCAGAGUGAGAGCAUGCUGGGGCUCCCGGGGCCUCGGCCGCCCCCGGCGGGGAUCCUGCUCGCGUUGCCCUUCCUGCCGCUGCUGCUGCUGCUGCCUGCAGCCCCCGCGCCCCAUCGCGCUUCCUACAAGCCGGUCAUCGUGGUGCACGGGCUCUUUGACAGCUCGUACAGCUUCCGCCACCUGCUGGACUACAUCAACGAGACACACCCUGGCACCGUGGUGACCGUGCUUGAUCUCUUCGAUGGGAGAGAGAGUUUGCGGCCCCUGUGGGAACAGGUGCAAGGGUUCCGAGAGGCUGUGGCCCCCAUCAUGGCAAAGGCCCCUCAAGGGGUGCAUCUCAUCUGCUACUCGCAGGGCGGCCUGGUGUGCCGGGCACUGCUCUCCGUCAUGGAUGAACACAAUGUGGAUUCCUUCAUCUCUCUCUCCUCCCCACAGAUGGGACAGUAUGGAGACACGGACUACCUGAAGUGGCUGUUCCCCACCUCCAUGAGGUCUAACCUCUACCGCAUCUGCUACAGCCCCUGGGGGCAGGAGUUCUCCAUAUGCAACUACUGGCAUGAUCCCCACCACGAUGACUUGUACCUCAAUGCCAGCAGCUUCCUGGCCCUGAUCAAUGGGGAAAGAGACCACCCCAAUGCCACUGCAUGGCGGAAGAACUUCCUCCGCGUGGGCCGCCUGGUGCUGAUCGGAGGCCCCGAUGACGGUGUCAUCACCCCGUGGCAGUCCAGCUUCUUUGGUUUCUAUGACGCAAAUGAGACGGUCUUGGAGAUGGAGGAACAACUGGUUUAUCUUCGGGAUUCUUUUGGGCUGAAGACGCUCUUGGCCCGGGGGGCCAUAGUGAGGUGCCCCAUGGCUGGCAUUGCCCACACGGCCUGGCACUCCAACCACACCCUUUACGAGACCUGCAUCGAGCCCUGGCUCUCCUGAGGGCACGCCCACGGGGCCCAGAGACCGAGUGCUGGAUUGGAGAGCAGCUGCCUGUGACCAUGUCAUUACUGCCCCCUGACUGCCCCCACCGGCCAGGGCUCCCAGACCCCUCUGCUCUGUGAAUGACAACUCCUGGUCUCCCCCACCUCAUGUCUUCAUUUGGGGGUGGCUCCAUGCUCUCCCAUCCUCCCAAGGCUGAGGUUGGGAAGUGAGAAACCAGGUUUUUAACUUACGGCUGCUCCUCCAUCUCUGGCUGUACAGGACGGGGACCCAGCCUGCCCACCACCGGGUCUCCUCCCAGGCUGCUCAGGACAUUGUCACUCUGUUCCCGCUGAACUCCCCAUGGUCAGCCCUCUCACCCCCAGGAAGGACUGCCCAUGAGAGCGGGGUCCACGGCUCCCCUGUGGGUACAGUUCCAUUCUUGAAGUGUCAAUGUUGGGGAAUAUCUGUGGCCUGCGAGGCCCAUCUCAGGUUUGGGGAUCCCCCAGUCCCUAUGUUCAGUGUUGGGGUACUUCCUGGGAGCCUACUUUCUUUGAGGCCCCAGCCCCUCCUUUAGCUACCCUUGAAUGGGUGUUACCUUGUAUUUAUGGAAAUAAAGUUCCAUUUCCUCA